GAGGGAUAGAAGCCGUCUGGGUGGCAGAGGCUAUACCCGCUGAGCAGGAGCAUGGAGGCCGAGGCCGGCCCCGGCGCCACAGAGGCUUACCCUGUGGAUAUCCUGGAGGAUGACCCCGCGAGCUAUCAGGCAGCAACACAGGGUUACUAUGAGUUCCUCCAGCAAGGCACCCAGGCCUCAGCAGAGGUUCUCUCCCUUCCUACUGGGGAGCAGGUCAGACUUCAAACUUCGUCUCUUCGUUUCUAUCCUAUGUACCGUGACGAACGUCAACAUAAAUUACUGGUUUUGGUUAAUCCCCAGGACACAAAGACAGUUGUGGCUGUAUACUUAAAGGGAUCCUGGUGGUCUACCGAAGAUGUCCUAAGAACUUCUGAUUCCACAAGGGACGGACUUAGGAAGGUUCAGUCCUUUGGAGAAAGGAUUGUACUUUUUGUUCUCAACACCAUUGUUUUUGGAAGACUGGAGAGAAAUCUGGAUGAUGAUGACAUGUUUUUCUUACCUCACCCUGCGAAGGAGCAAGCUAAGAUUCUGUGGAGAGAUGGUGCGGCAGUUGGAUUUUACUCAAUCAAAAAGAAAGGCAGCCUCUGUGGCGAUGGUACCAGUGCAUGCUACCUGUUGCCUGUCUUUGAUACUGUGUUUGUGCGGAGGAAGAACCGUUGCCAAGGCCUGGGAACAGCCAUGCUGAGGGACUUCUGUGACACCUUUCCAGAAGAGGAAGCCCUGGGCAUCAGUUGCCCGAUUUCUUUUGCAAUGUACAGAGUCCUUAGGCAGUUCCUGUUGACCUGUCCAGGUGAGAGAGGGCGCUUGUGGGAGGUAGAGCCCCCAGGGUCCUGGGACCAGCGUGACAACAUCUGGCUCAAGGUUUAUCUUCAUGAGACAAGACUUCAAGAUGGGACCACAGUGCACCCUGAAUCUUCUGAAGAUGGCACAAAUACUCCCAGGCAGCCUUUUCAGGGUGUUGGACCCACACAGUUUGAUCAUGGAGAAAUCCGUAAGGAGUGGAUCACUGGAGGACAGGAGACACAGAAUGACCAAGAAUGUGUCAAAAGAGAGGAGGAUUCUGGGAUGUUCCUGAGACCCUCCUGGGAUGAGACAGAGGAUAGGGGAGCCAAGAGGACAGUGGCAGUCACUGGGCUGGUUGGUGAGCCAUGGCAGAAGCAUGUACGGGAAGCUCCAAACUCCUCAGAGGUUCAUCUGGUCUCACCGGCAUCAGAGCCUGAGGGUUUCAUGUGGUCCUGCUAGUCUCUGGUAUUGGAUGGUGUCCAUGGGUCCCGCCUGCCUCUGUUUCCCUCAUAGGCUCUGGGAUAAGGGUGUCUGAAGAAGUGCUCUGGUAAGCCAAAUGCAACUGUUGGCAAAUCCAAGACCCUAGAAGCUUACUUGUUAAAAGUAACAUGUUUUCCACUCCCCAGGAGUAUGGUAUGCAUGGGACCAUGUGAAGGAGUCCCUUAGUGGAAAUAGACUCAGAGAAUUGCCAUGGUACCCAUCCAUCAUACACAUUCAUCUCCGUUGUAACCUCAGAACUCAACGCCAGAGGUUUUCAGGGAGACAAGUUCCUUCUCUGGGACUUGUCAGUCACUUCAGAACUCCUUGAGGGCAAACACCAGGGGUGCAUAAUGUCCACUAUUCCAGGGCCAGAUGGUGCCCACUGUGGGCCUUGGGCUAUUUCUGGCCCAAUAUAGUGCCUGUGCUGCCUUCAAUGCUAUUGGAUUCAGCUGUCUGAACAUGAGGUAGGAUUUCUGCCAGAGAAAGCUGAUCCUGGUACUUUAUGUUUCCUGAAUGGUUAAAAGACACGUGCUGUGGGACCUCAGUUACUUAUCUAUUCAUCAAAGCACCCAUCUGCUCAUUUCUAGUACAUGAAUAUAUACAUACACACAGUUCUCCUUUUCUCUCUCUCCUGCUUCCUUCAUCUCUUCUCUUCCUCUCUUCCUCUUCCUCUAUCCAUUUAUAUUUGUCUACUUAAUUUAUAUCUCUCUAAUUCCCAAUUCACCUCUAUAUCUUCUGCCAGUCUGUCCUCCCUUACUUCCGUCCAACUCUCCAUCCAUCCAUCCACCCUCCCAUCCACCCAGUGUGCUUUCUGUUGGACAAGCUCUGUGUUGUGCUUGGGAGAUGUAACUGAGGCCUGGUCUAAGCCCCAGGGAGCUUUCUUUGUCUGGAGGGAUGCUCUUGAGUAUCCACUGUAGUGUUCAUCCCUCUUAUGCUCACUGCAAAGAGGGAGGGCCCAACUGUGAGGAAGCAAUAGCACUUGCAGCUCCUUGCAGAAACACCAUGAGGACCCCAUUUGCAUGUGGGAUCUGUGAAGACUGAAGAAAUGGACUGAGCAUCAGAGAGGUGCUUGGUGUGGGACCCCACACAUCCUUUAACACAUGGUUCGUGUGCUGUGAAGAUUUGUUUUCUGUUUAGAUGAAAGUUAACCCAUUAAGUAUCUCUGGGACUUAAUAAAGGUGUUAUUCAAUAAAAA